AUGCACUGUCUGAGACACGUGAAUAAUAACUUCGAUCCUAAGGAGGGCGCUCCGUAUGAUAUCAGUUGUCUGUUGGAUGCAAAGGCAUCCGUCCUGUGUCGUUUCUGUUCCGCGGGGAAGAAGACUUGUGAUCCCGUGGGUUUCGCACACUCCGUAUUAUGCAUGUACGAUUUACUGACAUCUCUCGAGCCUGCAACUGGUCUGCUAGGAAACGCUCGCGAUCUCGUGGAGAUCAUCGAAUGGGCCACUCUGAUCCUGGAGGAAGAACAUUGGAACGGUGAUGUUAAGCAGACUGUCCGCGAAGAGGUCCAUGUCCUUGCGAAGGCGUUUGACAGUGUGGAGGGUGCCCAUGCUCGUGAAUUCUCAUUGAAGGGUACCAAGACCGCCAAGCGUGUAAGUUCUCGUUAUGAUCAAGGGAUGAGGUCUUCGUGGUCCUAUCGUUGA